AUGGCUGAAGACUUGCGAUCGAGCAGCUUUCGAGAAAAUAGGGCAAACACUUCUGCCGCUAUGAGAAGUGAGCAAGUGGAUGGUCUUUUCGACCCGAGAUGCGCCAGAACCAUGGAGCCGAUAUUUCCAAUGAAGGAAGCGGAUUGGUCUCAGUAUGUCAGUACAACAAACAAUGAAAGAGAUAGAGGGAUUCCUCAUGAUCGUAUUCACGGAUAUGGAUUUGCGUCGAACGCCUCCAAUUCUGAAAAUGAGCAAGUACCUCAACGGUACAGAGAAGCAAGUGAUUCAGAAUGGGAUUCUUGUGAUGUUCGUAAGGAUUCGUGCGUCUUAGGAUCUGGAAGGAUGGGAAGUGGCAGCAAUUUCUCGCGUCAUGCGCGACAAACUCUCUUUUGUGAUAAUAGAGCUCCUGAAACCGCCUACGAACCUGGGACAUCUACCGAAGACCAAACCUCCCAAGAUCACUUGUAUCAAAACCGUGGCCAAAGCAGCAAUCAACGUAAUGGUGUGGAAGCGAAACCUAACGGAAUUUUCUCCACAGAUGAACGGCGCUCAAAGACUUCACGACACUCAAACAGAAGAAACUCAGCUGCUGAAAAGAUUAUGGAAAGACCUUCUAGAUUACGCCGGCAGAACUUAAGCAGAACAGAUUUUGAGAUGAUUUGCACUGUUGUAUUCGAUUCGGAUGCUGAAGGAGAAACUGGUGACUGUGAAAAUGGUACAGGCACUUCGAAAGAUGGUCCAUGCAUCUCUGAUCCCGAGGAGAAUUACGUCCAGAUUCGUCCCACUUCUAUAGCUUCCUUAUCUAUCGACAAAUUUGUCAACGAGAAUCGCGAAGAUAUGCUAUUUGAUCGGAUACCACGUGUUGGGGAAAAGGAUUAUGUCGACUCACUUCUACACAAAAAUGUUAAAAAGUUUCUCUCUCAAAAUCGUUUGUCAUCAGGUGCUCUCUCUGUCGUUGUGGACUUGUUCGAAUUUCCUCCUCAGCUUACCGCAAGACUUGCAACCCGUUUAUUGAGACCAGUCAUUAUUGAUGGUGGUGCUGUUGCUAGUUGCUUCGAUAAAGAGUACUCCGUGCACUGGGGUAAAACUGAUCCGACAGUGUUGGUGUGGGCUUCCUGCAAAGUACUUCCUAUGAAACCUAUCUGCCUCACUGUAGCGAUGUUCUUACUACGUGGUCACAAGGUUACUGUAUUGCUGCCAAGAUAUUACCGCGACGCCGCUGUCGGCGGAGUAAGAAACAAGGUUGAUGAUGUCGAAGCGCUUAAAAUCUUGCAGAAUCUUCAAAUAGUCAAGUUUGUGGAGCCUAAUGGAGUGUGUAGCGUGAUGGAUGCAAUCAGGAAGGAGGUUGACAAGGUUGACGCAUUACUUAUAAGUUCAGGAAGCUUUGAUGUAAGGGAAGAGUGGCUCAAAAAACCGAUGCUUCCAUUUUCGCAGAAUCAACAACAACAAACUUUGCCUUCCGCUUUCACCAAAGCAUCCAAGCGAAUGUUAACACCUACGUUCUAUGGUAGAAACCGUGACAUGACAAUGUCUUUCGGCUUCCACACCAAGGAAGGUGGUACGUGGCGAAUUGUUGCGGAGGAGCAAAUGUGUUACUAUGAACCGCACAUGGAUUCUGGUUCCAAUAUCGACGAUGAAGGAAGGUUAUGCCAGCAGUUACUGUUCGAAGAUCAGGUUCAUCUGCUUGUAGCACUCAAAGAUCUAUUCGAGUGGCCUGCUCUUUAUCGUCGUGGUAUAUCUGCUGUUCUCCGCCUUGAUCACCUUGCAACAUCAACCCACUAG